AUGGCUAUCGUACCUAUCCUUCUUGCGGACCUCAGCGUACCCAGCUGGGCUUCUACGGCAUUAAAGGUCUUUUUGACUAUUUCUUGGUUUCUCGUUUCCUUUGCAGGUGUUUUUGUAUUCACUGACCGUUUUGAAGCAGUUGAUCAAGUAGAGCAGGCUCGUAUGAAUGAUUUGAGUGACCCAGAGAUUUAUUACUUGAAUUGGGUAAAAGAAGAAAUCGAAUUGGAAGAAGAAUCCAUUUCGACAAGUGAUGGUAAAAGACGAGUAACAUUUGAUAAGGACGCCAAGCCUGCCACGGAGAUAAAAAGAAGUCAGAAACCAGUCGAAGAACAAACUCCUUCUCACUUUUGGGUACUCACUUUGGACAAUAAGCCAUGUGGUAUGAUUGGUUUAGCGCAUUAUAGAGAGAGAUUAUAUUCCAACAGGCCUACCCAACCACCAGCAUGGAAAUUGAUGUCCGCAGCUGUUCUUCGUAGAUAUCGUUUACCAGUGCCUGAAUACUUGAACGACCUUUACAACAAGAUGCCACCAAGCAUCUUUACAGAGCCACAUGAGGAAAAGGUGGCUACUCUUCAACGGUUGGCUAUCAGAAAUGAGUUUCAAGGAAGUGGACUGUCCACACUUUUGAUUGACAGGGCCAUGGUAUUCGCUCAUGAAAAGGGAUUAGAGCGUGUAGAAGCUGUUACGAAUGAACUGCAAACAAAGGCUGCAGAAAUAUUACGUGUCAAGCAUGGAUUUACAUUAAUCAAGAAGCAAAAGAAGGGCUGGUUUGGUCAAUAUGAAAAAACUUGGUCUUGUAACGUAAAUGAUUGGAUGGAGAGCCAUCGUAAAGAAGCUCAGACGUUUAUGCCAAAUGAGCAAUAG